CCCACAUGGCAAAACUGCACUCUGCCAAACCUGCAGCAAGCAGACAGCGACCGGAUUUGCGCGAAUUACAAAAAGAAAAUAUUGUCCUAAGAAUCCUUCAAAAGACUAUCCAGUGCCACUAUUUGUUCACCACAAUGCCUGGCACAGGCUGCGCAAAAGCUCACUAAGCAAGCAGGUUCUUGGCUUUGCCCCAGCGGCUGUCGCUAGCACGAGGCUGGGCUCAUUGUUGGCUGGCUCCCCCACCGAAAUUCGCUAAUCCCGAGAGACAUCUUCACUGUUGCGCUCCGCCGUUGCACCUCACUCUUUGUUCUUUUCACCAGCCCACCGGCUUCCGCAGAGGCUGAUACUCCAUCAUCAAUAUCCAGACGCUAUACAUUAACGCUUCCGACAGCCAACCUCAAUUUGAAAUACGCCCUCGCCUCGCCUGCUAUUCGCAGCGUCCAGUCGUCGACGUCAUGGCUGCCGAAAAAGCCCCAAUGCCGCCCAUGGAAUACUCCAACCCUACUGCCCCCUCGUCAGAAAUCCCACCAGAGGCGUAUCCGGCGGAUGAUACAGAGAGAUACCGACCUACGAACGACACACUAUCACCCUAUAACACAGGUGCAUCCGUCACCACUGCCACCUCAAGCAAAGCUGCCGAAGCUGCUGCCGAAGCAGUUCCGUUUCAUCCUGUUCUCUCUGCCGACUCCAUCCCAGCAGAAGCAUAUCCUACUUCCGAUGCCACUGCACGUGCGACCUAUGGAUCUCCAGUAGAUUCAAAAGGGCUGGAGCCAGUAGCAUCUCAUUCUCGGCUUCCUACAUCGCACUCCUCCAACUCCAUACCCUCCGCCGCAUACCCAUCCUACCACGGCGGCGCUGCUCCUGCCGCUAUACCGACAGUAGCAGAUCCCUUCAAUUUCCCAGAGACAGAAGCUCUGCCCGCAUACUCACCCCCUCAGCCGGCAGAGAGCACCGAACCUCAACCGCCUCGACCGCGCGGACGACUUAUUGCUAUUCCGCAAGCCCACGCCAAUGCCUCUGCCCCGUUCCUCGACGCAUAUCCUGAGUGUCUACUAGCACGAGGUAUCACGGAAGAGACAUGGCGGUCAUUUAUGAAAGCAAUGUCAGCGUUCUUGACUGCAAAGGUCUCUGAUCGAGCGAUAAGCCAUGCGGGCGAUAUGGCCAAAAGUUUGGGCGAAGGGCCUCGACGGCUGGGAAAAGAUAUUGCAUCUCAAUCCAAAUCUCUGGGCAAGCAAAUUGCCCGACAUGCCAAAAAGGGCAACGUCAUCGGCGUUGCCGCAGCCGCCAUCGUUGGUGUUGUAACCAUUCCCAUCUUCACAGCCAUCGGUGCGGCAGGGACCGUUGCCAGUUUACCAAACGCGGCUGUUGCGGCCUUGUCCAAGAAGCCAAAAACACCCGAAUCCCGGGCAUUUGCUUAUGCUACGGUAGCAAACGAUAAAUGGCUGCAUCCUCGCAACUUACACGCCCAGCUCGCUGACUCGAAUCUGCUGGCGCAGAUGCUAUGCAUGCCGACAGCUCAGUUUCUACAAAUUGCAAAGAGCGGGAAGCAAAAUAGUGCCAUUGGCCAACUUGAAGCGCUGGAAGUACAUCUAGAACCACUCAAACUGCUUGAAAACACAUCUCUCGAUUUGGUCGAUAACACGCUGUGGCUACUUGUCUUACAAGAUGUAACUUCUGAUCAAAGCGAGUGAACUUUGGACUUUAUGGCACGAUCGAAAUUUAUUUAAGGCGGGCGUUUGCAUUCCAAUAUUCCUUCUUUCAUGUUUGGAUAGAAUUAUUAUACCUCUUGUUCGUUCAUCCCACAAUUGCAUGUGGAAGUUGCUAAUUGUAUGCUCCAUUUUCACAUGCUUUUUGGAUCUCACAAAAAAUACAAAUGGAACUAUAAUCUAAUAUUUCUCCAUCAAAAUCUCGACUCUGAAGAAGGAAAUAAAAAAAAGCUUUUGUAAACCAGGGUAUUUGGCACGCCACUCGUUCACAUGCUAACUGCAGCUGCAGCACUAGCCACGCAAUUCGCCGCUUCCACGAACCCUGCUCAGC